AUGAACAACGAAAUCAAUAUAAGAUAACUACUUUACUACAAAAAUUAUUCAUUAAAAACAUCUUUAUUGUAAAUUACAAAUCCAACAUCUCAAUAAAGUAUCUCUCUCAUGACUCAUUACUUGACUAAAGAUUAACAUACUGUCCAUUCACAAUAAGAUUUAAGAUUAUACACAAAUUUUACCAAAUCCACCAUCCUUCACCAUAUUAAUCUUCAUUACUGUAGUGUCAUACUAAUGAAUAAUUCAAAUCUAAUUACUACAUACGUUCUACCUUUAUUAAGAUACAAGUACUCUCUACUAAUCAAAAAUUGUUCUAUCAAAAAUAGUCAAAAUCUAUUUCUAAACUUAUACACUUAUCUUAAUAAAUUAAGCAAGAAAAUUAAAUUAUUAUGGAAUAUUAUAAAUUGUGAUUUUAAGAGUUUAAAUCUUAAUAAAUGCAAGGAUCAUUUUGAGUAUUACUAAUUUAAAUUACAACUUUAUAUAAACAAUUAUGUCGACUCAAAAUAGAAUUUCUAUACUUAAACAUAAAUGUUUUUUUGA